ACGCCUUCCCUUGCUUGACGUCGCCCAAGCAGCAACCCUUUCCCCGGGACCACCACUCAAGGCCCAUGCUGGCAAUGUGCAAAGCAUAGAAAACGCAAACAAACCUUAAUCUGCUUCCAUCAUAAGACUCGUCGGUCUAUUGCUCUUGCUCAUGCUCGUACGCAGGCAUUGAGGCUAUUUCCACCUUCUAUAAAUCACUUCAAUCCCACUUCGGCAGCUACGCUCCAUAGCUCUUUCCUCCAGUACUCACUCUCCCCGGAGUAAUCGACCAGCCGCCCAUAUGCUCGAAUUACAACUCCCAAACCCGAUGCCUCAUGCCUUCCCCAGGGAGCGUCCCUACGACCUCUAUACUCCCUCACAUCCCAUCUCGAAAUUCGAUCCCCAACGCCAGAUGCAAUUACCGAUCCCAAGAAUAACAUCAGGCAACGAGCUCGAUGCUCUACGAUCUGCCCCUCUACCGCCACUCACACCGCCCACUGAUGUACCUGGUUCGGCUGUAAGGUUGGUAUCACUUCCACCCAGUGGGGGUGCUGGUCAGCAUUAUGGCUUUCAAUUGCCCGCCAUCGGUAACUCCAGGGUCGCCUCGACGCAGGGGAGCCCUUCCUCUCGGUCGAUGCAGAAUCGGACGGUCAAGGAGACUCAAGAUAUGGGUACCCAGCAGCGAAAGAGGUGGUCCAUUGCGCCAAAUCUAAGGGUGCCCGACUCAAUCAACACACCGCAGGAAGGUCUUCCACAAUUAGCGGCAGAGAUUACAUGUCUUUUCUGGUUCGAAAACUCCUCCACCCUCAAAUCCGUUGUAGAAAACAGCUCCCCUCGACUCUCUGUCCAAGCCCUCGUUCCAGAUGCCAUCCCUACGACGGGUUUCAAGAAAUGGGUAGCCACCAUCCUCACCACCACGCAAGUUGCUUCGAACGUCAUUCUCUUGGCACUGCUCUUCAUCUAUAGGUUGAAGCAGACGAAUCCAACUGUUAAGGGCAAGCCUGGUAGUGAAUACCGUCUCCUCACGGUGGCUCUGAUGUUGGGCAAUAAGUUCCUGGAUGACAACACGUACACAAACAAGACAUGGGCCGAGGUUUCCGGAAUUUCCGUUCAGGAGGUCCACAUCAUGGAGGUGGAAUUCCUCAGUAAUAUGCGAUACAGCUUGUUCACCUCGAAGAAAGAGUGGGAAGAUUGGCACAAGUUGCUUGGAAAGUUCGGAACCUUCUACGAUCGUGCCUCCAAGGUGCCAGCCUCUGGUGCCGUCAGCCCCGUCGGCCCCCCUACGCCCACUCUCCAGGUCCCGAAUGCCUUCGUACCUUCCCCGCCGCCCCAUCAGCUCUCACCCCCAACAACCACUUCGUUCUCACCCUGCCGCUCGCAAUUCUCGAACACGCCGCUCCUCCAACCUCAAGCGACUUCCAGUGCGGUCUCCCCGAUCGGGCCUCUGCCGGAAUUGGGUCCACUGAUUCAACGAAAGCGCAGUGCCGACCACAGUGUCGAGCCACCUGCGAAGCGACUCGCCCAUGGCCUUACCCCUGGACCCUACAGCCAGGCUCCUUUGAUUCCCACCCUCCAGACGCCGUUGAACAAGACGUUCGAGCCUCAACCCUCAAUGAACCGCUUGCCACCUCUGCCCAGCCUAGCUAUUCCACCACCGCAGCACAACCCUCCUCCUGCAGUAAACAGCUGGCAAGAGCUCCCGCUCCCAGUUCCUGGAAGUCGAUCCAUGAACAUGGUGUAUGCACCUGCCGCCCUCUGGCCCCAACCCGCCGUGGCCACGCCGACGUCUGCAGCAGCUCCUCCCUUCCCAAAUACCACUCCUACGCACGAGCGAUCUCGCCAGGUCAGCCCUUACCCACCAUCUGCGGGAUCCUCUCCUAUCAGUGCGACAUUCUCUACUGGCCAACGACAGCUCUCUCCUUCGUAUUUCCUUAGCCAACGGCAGUCGCCCUAUCGCCCGGUCCGCGGAGUACACACCCUCCUCGUCCCACCACCGACGACGUCUAUGCACAAUCCUGCUCGUAACAUUGGCUACGACCAGAUGCAAUACCAACCUCUGGGCCGGCCCAUGACUGAGCGACGAGUCGGUCCUUUGCCAUACAUGGAAGCCGGUGCUUGGAAUGAGCCACAUCAUUACAACCAAUUGCCCAUCCCGCAGCAGAUGGCCCCUCCUCGCUGAUCAUUCAUACCUUUUCUGUACAUAUAUUGCACGACCGGCGGACAUUGAUGUCCGGCAUUCUGUUUUCUGUUUUCAACUUUCCUGUCUUUAUUUGGUGCGUUCAAGCGUGCAUUGCAUUGGGUGGGUUUUUUUUAUGAGCACGCUGCUCCGGAACAUCAAGCAGCAUACUGUGUGCAUCAAUCAUCAGCAU